CAUAUCUUCCUUCUUAAUGUGUGGCUCUCAAAAUGUGAUCUCGUACAAGUUAUAGAGUUGACAUGAUGAGAGACGCUAGUGCUAGACCUAAAAUGCGGAGAUGCCCUGGCCCUUCCUAGAGUUCAGUGUCCCAACCACCCUGAGGCCAUACUGGUGGAGGACUACAGAGCAGGGGACAUGAUUUGUCCUGAAUGUGGACUUGUAGUAGGUGACCGUGUAAUCGACGUAGGCUCAGAGUGGAGGACGUUCUCCAAUGAGAAAGCCCUCAAAGACCCAUCCCGAGUGGGAGACGCCCAGAACCCGCUGCUCAACGGGGGCGACCUAACCACCAUGAUCAGCAAGGGAACUGGUGCCGCUAGCUUUGACGAAUUCGGUAACUCCAAGUACCAGAACCGGAGGACCAUGAGCAGUUCUGACCGGGCCAUGCUCAACGCCUUUAAAGAAAUCAGCACCAUGGCAGAUCGCAUCAACCUGCCAAGGAACAUCAUAGACAGAACAAACAACUUAUUCAAGCAGGUGUAUGAACAGAAGAGCCUGAAGGGGCGAGCCAAUGAUGCCAUCGCUUCGGCCUGUCUCUACAUCGCCUGCAGACAAGAAGGUGUCCCAAGAACAUUUAAAGAGAUCUGCGCCGUCUCCCGGAUCUCCAAGAAGGAAAUCGGCCGGUGCUUCAAGCUGAUCCUGAAGGCGCUGGAGACCAGCGUGGACCUCAUCACCACCGGAGACUUCAUGUCCCGCUUCUGCUCCAACCUGGGCUUGCCCAAACAGGUGCAGAUGGCGGCCACCUUCAUCGCCCGGAAGGCCGUGGAGCUGGACCUGGUGCCCGGCCGGAGCCCCAUCUCAGUGGCUGCAGCAGCCAUCUACAUGGCCUCCCAGGCCUCUGCAGAGAAGAAGACCCAGAAGGAAAUUGGGGAUAUUGCCGGCGUUGCUGACGUUACGAUCAGACAGUCCUACCGCCUUAUCUACCCGCGCGCUGCAGAACUCUUCCCUCCAGACUUCAAAUUCGACACACCCGUCGACAAGCUGCCCCAACUGUGAAGACGACGCUCCCUAAACAGUGACGAUAUUAUUUCUGCUGUACUUUACAGGAUUGUAUACUUUCUUUGAAAUCAUAUUUGUGUUGAUUUGGAAGAUUUCUCUUGUCCCGCCUAAGACUUGUAGCCUUUUUGUCAAGGCGCCCUCACAGGAAUAAAACGGACACAUUCCAGUGCUUAAACAAA